UGUUGUCUUGAGCGCAUUCAGAUAUUUCAUUCGACAACUAUGGAUCGCUGUCGUUUUGCUUUUGUCAUUGGCAUCAUAAAUGUAAUUUAUUAUGCUGUGAGCACCAUAGUUUUUACCGCGAUGAUAAUCAAAACUGAACUUGACAAGAAACUAGUGGCUAGUUCUAGUCCAUACAUAUUGAGUUUGUGUUGCGGUCUGAUUAUGGUAUCUGUAUCGAUACUGAUGAUAGUGGGGGCCGCUAAAUCACGACAUUCUUUUAUUGCUCCUUGGGUAUUAUUAACUGGUUUCGGUCUGGUCAUUGGCACUUUUUAUUUAUUAAUCUUCGGUUACACAGUUCCAAUUUGGGAACUGUUUAACUACAUCACAUUUAUUGCAUCGCAAUCCGUAAGCUGCUAUUCAAUUUAUCUUUUCUGGAAAGAUAUAAAAAAUGGAGUAUACAACAAUGACUUACAUAUCGCAGAGCUUUCGAAUCCCCCGCCCUAUGUUCAUUCCUCGGCAACAAUACGUACCAGCUAUGAAAUAAAUGAUCCUGUAUUGUGAAUCAUCAGAUAAUAGUAUACAAUUAUCAAAAUCAUUAAAAA